GCUUCAACCAUCCCAAAUCCAACGUUAACUCUCCACUUUACUCUUGCGCAACUUUUGAUAACGAUUCUCUAACACGAUUGAUCUUUGCAAGGGAAAAUACUUUGAAUUAAAUUAUAUUGUUUGUGCAGAGCAGAGUCGGUUUUGAAGAUGGUAUGUUUUAAUCCCGUGGUUUGCUUGGGGGAUAUAUGUGUGCUUGGGAUGGCUUGCAUGCUGGGUUGUUGAAGACUUGCUAAUUGUGUGGUGAUAGUCGGCACAGAAUUCGGCAGGUAUUCAGACGCUGCUUGAUGUAUGUUUAGAUUCUGGUUGAUGGAAGCAGGAUGGAGAUACUGAUUUAGAGGUUAGGCAGAGAGAGAUGCGCAGAAGAUUGUUCAGAAAGGUGAGUUGGAGCCCUACAGCUAGAGGAUUAGCACAGUUAGAUCAUCUACUAAUAAUUUUAAUCUACAGCUAGAGAAUGUGAGUAGAUGUUAACCAGAAUUUAAUGUCUGCGGAUUGGAACGAGGCUGAUAUAAAAACAGACCGCACAAAACGUGUAAAGGAAGCAAGAGACGAAGCAAAGAAGGAAAUCGAGGCGUAUAGAAAGGAAAAGGAAGAGGAGUUCAAGAAGUUUGAGGCAGAGGUAUGUUAUGCCUAGGAGGAUGGAAUUACUCUAGUUGGGAACGAAUGGAAGUGCUAAUAUACUGGAUAGCACACGAGCGGCAACAAGAAAGCAGAAGAGGAUGCCAAUAAGGAUGCUGAGAAGAAGCUGGAGGAGAUAAAGGAGGCCGGCAAGAAGGGGGAAAGUCAAGUCAUAUCGGAUCUCUUGAAAGCAGUCUUUGAUGUUAAGCCCGUUGUACCUGAACGUGUUGAAGGACCAAAAUAGGGUAGUCAGUCCUGAAGUUUUGGGGAGGGAUAGAGCAAUGGAGAUUUGGGGAGGGAUACUUUGGUGAUGGUGACUCCUAGCAUUGCACCAUGAUGAGAGUAUAUUGAAGUUACAGCUGUGGUGAAGAGGCAAUUGAUGAUAACCUGUGUAUAGACUAGCUUGCGAUUCAACAACAAAUAUAUC